GUAACCCUGUAUAAUGAGGAAUUCAGGAGAGUUUCCAGCACAGACAAAUAUGACCAAGUGUGAGCAGACCACCUGCGUCAUCUUCUUCCUCUCAUGCCUUCUUCCUUUAGGGUUAUCUCAGCUGUCUGCAAACCAGAGGGCCACCAUGUUCAAGCUCUCUGAGCUUCUCAAAGACGCUACAUCCUCUGUGUGGAUUGUUGCACAAGAGCCAAACCCAUGUGGAUGGAAGGGAGUUUCAUGCACCUCCAACAACGCCUCAAUAACCCAUCUUUCCCUCUCUGAUUUGUCUCUUACUGAAUCUGGUUUUCUUCCACUUGUUUGUGAGAUUGUGUCUUUGGAAGCUCUUGACCUCUCCAACAACCGUUUGAGCUCAAUCCCAGAUGGGUUCAUCACUGCUUGUGGGAAGAUUGGUGGGUUGAAGCUGUUGAGUUUCAGUAGAAACAGGUUGGUUGGUGCUUUGCCUACUUUUAAUGGCUUUAUUGGGCUGCAGUUCUUGGAUUUUUCUUACAAUAGUUUGAGUGGAAACAUUGGUUUACAGUUAGAUGGAUUGAAUGAACUCAGAACUUUGAAUCUGAGCUCUAACCAGUUCAGUGGCCAUGUUCCUACCCACCUUGGAAAGUCCAGGGUAUUGGAGCAUCUUCUACUUUCCAAGAAUUUUUUUCAUGGGGGAAUUCCGAAAGUAAUCUUUGAUUAUCAUAAGUUGGUUCUGAUUGAUCUCAGUAAUAAUCAGCUUUCUGGGUCUUUACCUGCAAGGAUUGGAGACCUCUCCAAACUGAAAAUAUUGAUUCUGUCAUCCAAUAAUUUGAGUGGAGAAAUCCCAACAAAUCUUUCAAACAUCAGAACUCUUUCAAGAUUCGCAGCGAAUGAAAACAAUUUCAAUGGCAACAUUCCCAAUGGAAUUUCAAGGUUUCUCAAGAUUUUGGAUCUUAGUUAUAAUAAGUUAAGUGGGUCGAUCCCAUCUGACCUGAUGAUGCAGCCGAAACUACAGAGAGUGGACCUGUCUUACAAUUUGUUGGGUGGGUCGAUACCUGCAAACAUGUCUUCAAGCUUGGUUAGGUUGAGAUUGGGAAGCAAUUCACUCAGCGGGGUAAUCCCAUCUGCAAAGCUGGGGACACUGCUGAAAUUGACCUACUUGGAGCUGGAAAACAAUAGUUUGUCGGGAUCCAUCCCUCCUGAAUUGGGUUCCUGCCAGAGUUUAGCGCUGCUGAACCUGGCAAUGAAUAAUUUGGCAGGUCGUCUGCCCCUGGAGUUGGGUAGCCUUAAUCAUCUUCAGGUUUUGAAGCUUCAGUCCAACAAACUGACUGGCGAGAUCCCGGAUCAGAUAACCCAAAUCCAAAGUUUGUUGGUGCUGAAUAUCAGUGAGAAUUUGCUAAGUGGCGGAAUCCCAUCUUCUAUUUGGAGGCUGAAGAGCCUUACCAACUUGAACUUAGGAGGGAACCGUCUUUUGGGGUCCAUACCUCCAUCAAUCAGUCGCUUCAAUUCUCUAUUAGAACUUCAGCUGGGAAGGAAUCAACUGAGUGGCCACAUUCCAAUGAUGCCGAGCAGCUUGCAGAUUGCCUUGAAUCUCAGCCACAACCUCUUUGAAGGACCUAUCCCAAACACUCUCUCUCGGUUGAGCAGUUUAGAAGUGUGGGAUCUGUCGAACAACAAAUUCUCAGGUGAGAUUCCAAUAUUUCUGACGCUGUUUAGAUCGAUGACACAGUUGUUACUCUCAAAUAAUCAGCUUUCCGGAGUUAUUCCCAAGUUUGGGCAUUGGGUUGCUGUGGAUACAAGUGGAAAUCCAAGGCUAGUUAACACCACGUCACACCCUAUCUCAACACGAAAAUCGCAAUAUAAGAUGAAGUCAGUGGGUUCGUCAGUUGCAGUUGCAGUUGCAGUGGGAACUGCUUCUCUUGCUCUCGGAAUAACAAUGGCGAUUCUGAUUGCAGUGUCUAGAUCCAGACGCCAUGGCAGGGUCAAAAGCAAUUAGAAGCUCUCACCACCCUUAACUCAAGUAAGAUUAACAUACUUGGUCCCCAUCAUCCUAUAACUUAAAGUUCUGACUUAACAUGAUCUCCGGGGGUAGUCAUUUGUCAACAAGUUUUGAUACACUUGAUAUCAAGACUGCCAGCACAAUCAAACUUGACAAAUAAAUGGAACACAGAGCAUCCUUCUUGGAGGUAAACACAUUAGCACUCACUUGAUCAGUGAACCUCCAGAAUAUUUGUUGAUGUUCAUAUGUUUGAAAAACGGAAUAGAAAGUACAUCUUCAAGUUUAA